AUGGCGACCGCAGGGUCCGCGGAACGGCCCGCCAGACCGGCCACCGCCGCCGCUGGCACUUCCCGGUCCGGUUCCGGGUCCCGGUCCGGUCCCGGAGCCGGCUGCCGGCCCGGGUCCAGUACGCCGGAGGACGAGGCGAAGAAGUGCCCGGCGUGUGUAGAUGGUCAGCCCGGCGGACACCCGGCCUGUCCGCUGUGCCUGGCCCGGAGACACUCCGGCACCGAGGAGCGGCUCCGGAGGAGGAGUGACCCCGAGAGAAGCAGCAGCGGGCCGGGCAGGGGGGACUGCGACAGCCGGAAAGACUUCUUCGUGUCUCCGGCGCUCGUCUUAAAGUCGCCUGCAGACGUCUCUUCAGGACCGACUGGGAAACACAAGGUGUCGUGUGACAGCAGAGACGAGACGAGGAGGAGGAUCUGUAGAGACGAGAGCGUGUCCGUCCGCCGUCCCCAGGAGCCUGGAGUUCUGUCCGACUCUGAGAACGAGGAACCGAUCAGCAGGAGGAUCAGGAACAUCUCAGCCUUCAUCAGGAAAACCAAGAACUCCUCGGCCUUCAGCAGUGGUUGUCAGAGGAGUCGUAGUUGCACCGACCCGGUGGAGGAGAGAGGAGGGAAGCUGAAGCUGGCGGCUCCGCCGGCGGCCAUGUUGGACGGGGUCGGCAUCAGUCACGUGUUCUCGGCAGGAAUCCUCCUGUCCUCUGAGAACAGCCGCUCUCUGUCGGCGCCCGUCGUCACCGACCGGCGGCCGGCGUGGCGAGCGGUCCUGACCCCGUGGUCGUCGUCGACUCCUCUGGUCGUCCCUCCUCCUCGAGCCGAACGCUCCGUCAGCCCUGAGAGCAACGACAGCAUCUCGGAGGAGCUCAACCACUUCAAGCCCAUCGUGUGCUCGCCGUGCACGCCGCCCAAACGCCUGCCGGACGGCCGCCUGCUGGAGCCCGCCAUCGUCAAGUCCACGCCCCGGAACCUGACCCGCGGUCUGCAGAGGGCCACCAGCUACGAGGCCAGCCCCGCCGUCCUGCAGAAGUGGCGGCAGAUUGAGUUGGACCGGCAGAACCUCAGAGUGACCUCCAAGGCCACGCUGACCAGCCCCGUCUCCGAGCUCGGCGCCAAGGAGGGAGGCUGGGCCGCCGCCAAGAACCGCCAGACCUCGGACGGCGUGACGUCCCUGAACAAGAGGAAGCUGCUGUUCGAAGCGGAACAGGCCGUGAAGAUCCGGGUCCCUGCAAUCCGCUACAGCAGCGAGGCGGCGUUCCGGGGGAGGUCAGACUGCGAGCCGGCGGCGGUCGGCGAGUCGUGCAGCGGAGCGGCGCCGCUCAGUCGAAGACGGUCGUUCUCGCCGUACGCCAAGAACUCCGGCUUCCAGUCCGGUCACCAAGUGCCAAAGGAGUCGCCAAAGAAAGAGUCGGACAAGCAGUCUACCUCACGGAGAGGCCAGAAGAAGAACCAGAAGACCAAACACCUGGACGUGGACCUGAGGCGGACCCGGGCCGCCGGCCACGACCAGAUCCAGCAGGAGCGCCGCGACCGAGCGCUCGCCAUGAAGCUGCAGAGACAGUUCGACCUGGAGAACCAGAGCGCCGCCCGCCAGAGGAGCCCGGACAAGUACUUCCUGCGCUCCUGGAGGUCCAAUCAGAACCGCAGGAGGCGUGGCCUGAGGAGGUCCCGGCGAAUCAACAAGAAGCACUAGAAGUCGUGGGCGAGAAGUUUAAAUAUGCAACGAGACGAGAGAUUAGACGAACGAGUGAAUGUUUCGGGAGAAAAACGAGUUCUCUCAGACACCAGCAAACCGCCAAAAACUGAGCGUGCUCAGACGGUUUUAUUUAUCGCCACGACGACCCGACAAACAAACACACACGUUGAAGUCGACUGGGUGGUUAAAUCGUGGGUCGGACCCAAAGAUUCGACCCCGGCGCCGCAUGUGGUCGUCCAGGUCCGAGUCCUGGACGACACGAGUCUGAACUCUGGCCCUGAACUCCUCGUCUUCUUCUCUGCAGCCAGUCUUCCAGUGCGCGUGGGCGGAGCUGCCGAGGCUCAUGGGUACUGUAGUCCUCAGUCGGAUCCCGAGAUUCAAUGGAUUUAACACUAAAGUCGUUUAUUCUCCGAUCGGUCCAGAUUCUAAUGUUCCUCUAAAGCUUCGCCCGUCGCUGCCUUCAGGGUUUUUAUGGGGUGGGACAGAACCAGGACAGAACCAGGACCAGGUUGAGUCCUGUUCAAGUGUUCAGACGAGGUGGAGGUGGAUGAUGAGUUCAUCGAUCAGUUUUCAUCCUCUAUCAUGGCUAAGCUAGCCGUACGCUAAGCUAGCCGCUAGCCGUACGCUAAGCUAGCCGUACACUAAGCUAGCUGCUCACUAGCACGCUAGCUGUUAGCUCAACAAACAGAAACGAGUUUUCACUGAUACAAAAACAUUUACAAUCAACUUCCUGCUUCACCGUCAUGUUUGACAUCAGCUGAUCAGUUUGUGUUUGCUGAAGGGCUUAAAACCAGAGCUUUACCUCCUCCACCUCCUCCUCCUCUUCCUCCUCC